ACCGAGCAAGAUUUUAUACAUUUGUUGCAAAUAUCGAUUCCUGCAGCGAUCCUCCCAAAUCCUUCCCCAGGUCUUCUUCUCCUCUUGCAAUCUCAUGCAUGGAAGCUCAACAGCACUCGGACAAAAGGCAAUGAGUCUGGGCAGCUGGUGGAAUGCAGUAAAUGUCUCGUAAGCCCGCCGACACAUCAAGUCAUUAGUCCGAAGCCCCACCCGGCGCGGCACAAAGCCGCAUCCUCGGAAAGCUCUCGGCGGAUAAAUAAAUACCUAGGUAUUCAUCCAACAGACAGUCCAGCCUCAACGCCAUCAGUCAACUCGCAGAUCCAGCUUUUGACCAGCAACUCAAUCUUAAACAAAGACCGACACAAUGCCUUCCAACGUCACAGUUUUCUACAACCAGCCCAAGGAGGGCGAGUACUUCGACAUGGAUUACUACAUCAACAAACACAUGCCCAUCGCGAACGAGCAGUGGACGCCUCUCGGCCUCAAGAGCUGGCAGGUCCUCCAGUUCGGCCCUGAUGCCCCAUUCCACGUGGUCGCCGUCUUGAACUGGGAAAAUGAAGGCCAGGCCGAAGCGGCGCUUGCGCACGAGGCGUCAAAGAUUGUCAUCGGCGACGUGGUCAACUUCACAAACAUGAAGGCUAACCUGCAGCCUGGCAGUAUCACCGGCGCCUGGGAGCGAAAGUAAGGAGGGGUCGCACAGAGAGGGCGGGGUUAAUGGACCUUAGUGGACUAAUGACGCCACCUUGGAUACAAUUAAUAUAUCGCAUAUAGUAGCUAGCGAAUCACGCACAAUUUAUCACGAGGUCCUUAUCGAGAGGAUGUGGCAGCGUAUUCGUACAUGGUAUUAUGGAGUGCCUAGUAUCUAUACAAGAGGUGUCUAGAUGUGUGUGUGAACAUAAAUAAUGCCUCGUGCAGUAAACCACUGCAUAAGUAAUUACAUAGGGCGUUAUGACAUGAAGAUACAUGUAGGUAAUUCCAAUCUCCACGCCG